AGCUACCACCUAAUCUAGACUAAAAAUGUGGCAUUUUUUUCAAAUCAACAUAAUUUGUUAGGUCAAAGUAACACAAAUGUGUCUUAAACAACUUCAACUUGUUUUUAUAAGUUAUGUCAACUUGUCACAGGUUAAAACUUAAGUUAAAUUCUUGACUUGCAAAACCAAGUUGUUUUAACGUGCUGAUUUUUUUUACAGUGUAAAGCCGUAAUGGAGGCUUUUUUGUAUAAUUAAUAACUGUUUAAUCUGAUUGUUCAAGGUUAAUUUAACUUCCACAGUAGUUUCCAUUCAGAAAACAUUUAUGAUUGGUCUUAACUAGUAUAUUUUGACUAGCUAAGUCUGUUAUCACUGGUUUAUCUUAUGAGGAGGACGUUAAUUAUAACGCUUGCACGCUCCUCCUUUAAUGCGUCAUAUUGUCGCGUGAGUUUUUGAGCGCUUUGUCGCUCGCGUCGCCCCGCACUUCACGUGAACGCGCACCGAUGAGCGGAGCGUCUGUACGCGCGCGGAUUCAUCAUAAGUGUUUAUAAUAAACUUCAUCGCGAUGCAGCAGCAGACGCCCGCGGACAACGCGCGUCCAGCAGAUGAAUAUGUGAAGAGACGUCGUACAGCUGUGUGGUGUUCAGUUUCUCUCUUUGCUCUUUCUCUUCUGAUUCUUGUGAUGGGACUUUUGUCUGCUACACACACUGAUAAUGUGGCUGUGUCGGGAUAUUAUCCAGGAAUUAUAUUGAGUUUUGGAGCAUUUCUGGGGGUCGUGGGGUUAAAUCUGUUUGAGAAUCGCCGGCCGAUGUUGAUAGCGUCGAUUAUUUUCAUCAGUCUGGGUGUUGUGUCGUGUUUUCUCUGUGCUGUCAUUGACGGUGUCAUUGCUGCUGAGUUUAUUGACAGGAGACCGCUGAUGGAAGGUCGUUGUGAGUUUUUCUCCAGUAGUUCAGGUUAUGGUUAUGAGAGUUAUUACACAGAGGUCCAGUGUCAGUCAUACGGUAAACAGUGUACACUGAAAGUGAAGAGUAACACCUGUUAUUGUUGUGACUUAUACAGCUGUGAGAGUUCAGAUUAUCACACACAGUAUUAUGAGUUUACGGGUGUAAGGAGCUGUUGGGAUGUUGUGUAUCUCUACCGGUUGAUGUGGGCGUGUGUGACGCUCAAUGUUCUGGGUGUGUUUUUGGGAAUCAUCACUGCCGCAGUUCUGGGAGCCUUUAAAGAUUUGGCUCCUGUGGAUCAGCGUCAGAUGUCUCAGAGUCCAGCUGCACCUCCUCAUAUUCUUUAUAAUCCCACUCAACAUCUCCUGACAUAUGGUGGAUUCUGUCCAUCUGGACAAACACUACCAGGAUUCCCUGCUUAUGGUUUACCCAUGCAGCAUAUGAAUAAUUACCCAGCACUGACCUCAGGUCAGCCAAACCCUGAGACUUCUGCUUCAUCAUCAGAUGAACCUCAACCUUCAGUCCAGAGCGGAAACCCAUCAGUACCAAACCAAUCCACAUCUCAGGACCCCGGUGGAUACAUGUUGACUCCAAACGCACCUUCACUUUAUCCAAACUCUUUAGGAGCCUUUGAGAAACCUCCACCGUACGCCUGUUAACAUCCACAACCAAUCACACCUCCACAUGAAGAUGAUCUGAGUUGAUUUGUGUCUGUGUGAUAUGAUCUCAGUUAUUAUUUCUGGAUUAUUGUUGAGUGUUUCUGUCCCAGCUGGAGCUUCAGAUGUUCUGAGUUUAAUCCACGUUCAGCUUUGUGUUGUUUGUUAAAUGAACAGCAAUAAUUACUUGACAGUAUAUAUUUGUCAGGAAUUAAAGUUAAAUCGUGCUGUAUAAAUGAUAUAAAGAUGAUAGAUGUCUGAUCUUC